UUCAGUUUUAUUUUGACCGCAAAGUCUAACGGGCGGUUUUACUGUGUGGUGCUAAGCAAAUAUUAUUAUUAUUUUUUACCAAAGCCUUUUUUUAUUCAAAAUAAAAGUAAUAUCCUUGCUUUUGUGGCAAGCCAGAAAUGAAGCCGUGAAAUUUUGCCAAAUAUCAAAAAGCGUCGCCAUUUUUUAGUAAUAUUUUUGUUGCAUAUAAAAAAAGUGUUUGCAUUUGUGGCAUCCUGUUCAUAGUAUGCUGUACAUUUUCAAGGAUAACGCAGCGCAGCACUUCGUUCAGAUGCAAAUAAUUAGUGUGAAUAACGGUAUUCAGCGUUGAGUAUUACGCGUUUGACCACAAAAUAAAAGAGAAAAUAAUCUACAUAUAUAAUAUAAAAUAAAAUUGUACAAAGUGCGGCCAAAAUCAAUAUUGUGAUAUUUACAAAAACAAAAAAGUCCAAAUAACGAAACGAAAUUACGAAUCAAAAGUAGUGAAACGAAAAACGAGCAACAAAAAUCCAAUAAAAAAAGCAGUGAAUUUAAUUCGAAUUUAAAGCGCUUAAGUAAAGUAAAGCGAGCACUCAGUGGAAUAAAAAGCAAAAACAACAAAAAAGUAGAAAAACAAAAAAUAAGCAAAAAAAAGAAGAAAAAUAAGCAAAAACAUCCGAUCAACCAAUUGCCAUGAUAAAAAAGUUGCGCAGCAAAACGCCAAACAUCAAUUAAUUUUGCUCAACGCCGAAAGCGAAAAAUUCAAAAUAAAAAAACACAAACCAAAAAAACAGCAGCCCAAAAAUGUGCACGAAAACAUCGAAAACGCCGUUGCUCUUAAUUGGCGGCGUCUGCUUCGUCAUCGUGCUGGUCGGCAUUACUGGCGUGACGCUGAUCAAUAAUCUCAAUUUGUCCAACAUCAUCAAGCUAAACGAGAAAGUCGCCAGCGACAGCAUGAGCUCACACGACGCCGAAUUGCGCGAUAUGAAUUACGCCAAUAAUCAUCCGAAAAACAUAUACAAAUUCGAUGAAUUCUCCGCGCCCUAUGCACUGGCUGUGGGCACACACCCACAGUCGCUGCCAGCGGCCGCAGCGCAGUACUCAGUUGUAGCCGCAGCGGCAGCAUACUUAACAGGGGAUGACGGUAUGCCGGAGCAAAAUCCAGCCUCAGCAGUUGUUGAGGCCAGUGGUGCGACGCUAAUUGGACGACCGACGGCAGCAUUAGUAGAUGCUGCGGCGAAUAGUGGUAAUGCGGCGGCAGCAGCGUCGGUGCAUGCGAUUACGCAGUCCAAUGGACGACAGCAGGCACAUGAGCGAUUGCAGAGCAGAGAUACUGCUGCCGCUAGCAGUAAAGGCAACGCUGCAGCCGCAAAUGAAAAUGCGAAUGCAUCAGCGGCAUUGGUCAAUAAUCCACAGGUAAAUACUACGACACCAUCCGCUGCGUCAAUAUUUGUUGCUGAUAGUGCCGCACAACCAGCUCCCAGCAAUCGUAGUAGUUUUAGUGUCGCAGCUUCCAUAAAUUCGAGUGCCUACAGCACUUCACCAUCAUCGGUAGCAUCUCCAUCAGCAUCAGCAUCAGUUACAGCAUCAUCAGUCAGUGUUGACAUUGCUGCUAAAUUGAUGUUGCCGCUGAUUCUCAAUGGCAGCGCAAGGAUAACGCCCGGAUUUAGCAGUGGCAAUGGACAGAUGAAUGCGAAUGAAGAGCAAGGUUUUGCGUUUAAUACACUUUUGAGCUUGAAAAGUGAUAACGGUACAAAAGAUAUUUCCGAUAUGCAUCAAUCGAAGCAUGUGUUGGCGUCGUCAGUGCGUUUAGUAGUGCCCGCAGGCGGACAAGGUGUUGAUGAGGAGCGACGUGAUUUUGUAGUGAAGAUGAUGCAGCACGCCUGGGACAACUACAAGCUCUAUGCAUGGGGCAAGAACGAACUUCGACCGCUCAGUCAACGUCCACAUUCGGGCAGUAUUUUUGGCAUCUACGAUCUGGGCGCCACCAUAGUCGACGGUCUGGACACGCUCUAUCUAAUGGGGUUGGAGAAGGAGUACCAAGAGGGACGCGAUUGGAUUGAACGAAAGUUUUCGCUGGACAACGUUAGCGCCGACCUGUCUGUAUUCGAGACGAAUAUACGCUUUGUGGGUGGCUUGUUGACACUCUAUGCAUUCACCGGUGAUAAUUUAUAUAAAGAGAAAGCACAACACAUCGCUGACAAGCUGUUGCCCGCCUUCCAGACGCCCACCGGUAUACCAUAUGCGUUGGUAAACACACGCACCGGUGCGAGUAGAAAUUACGGCUGGGCAUCAGGUGGCAGCUCGAUUUUAUCCGAAGCUGGUACAUUACAUUGCGAAUUCGUUUAUCUCAGUGAUAUAACGGGUAAUCCGCUGUACAAAGAGCGUGUACAAACUAUACGUCAAGUUUUGAAGGAGAUUGAGAAGCCAAAGGGUCUAUAUCCAAAUUUCAUUAAUCCCAAGACGGGCAAGUGGGGACAAAUGCACAUGUCGCUGGGCGCUCUAGGCGACAGUUUCUAUGAGUACCUACUAAAGGCUUGGCUGCAGUCGGGUCAAGUUGACGAGGAGGCUCGCGAAAUGUUCGACGAAGCCAUGGUGGCGAUUAAUGAGCACAUGAUACGCACAAGUUCGGGUGGUUUGACUUAUGUCUCAGAUUUGAAGUUCGAUCAUUUGGAACAUAAAAUGGAUCACUUGGCUUGCUUUGCGGGUGGUCUCUAUGCCUUAGCUGCCAGCACGCGACAAAACCAAUAUGCCAACAAAUUUAUGGAAAUUGGUAAGGGUCUCACAAAUACCUGCCACGAGAGCUACACAAGAACGCCAACCAAAUUGGGACCAGAAGCUUUUCGCUUCAGCGACGCCGCCGAAGCGCGUGCCUUGAAAUCACAAGAGAAAUACUAUAUACUGCGACCGGAAACGAUGGAGAGUUACUUUGUGUUGUGGCGUCUGACGCACGACCAAAAAUACCGCGACUGGGGUUGGGAGGCUGUGCAAGCGCUCGAGACCUACUGCCGUACAAUGCACGGCUACAGUGGCAUCAAGAAUGUCUAUCAGGAGAAUCCGCAGAAGGAUGAUGUUCAGCAGAGCUUCUUCUUGGCGGAAACACUUAAGUAUUUGUAUCUGCUCUUUUCCGACGACUCGCUGCUGCCACUGGACGAGUGGAUAUUCAACACGGAGGCGCAUCCAUUGCCCAUACGUGGCGCGAAUGCAUUCUAUCGCGCGGCACCACCUGCCCAAACGCAAGCAGAUGAGAACCGUUAAAACUUGACAAGAGAAAUAUUGCAAAUAUUUCACUGACGAAAUUUUGAGUCUGCCGAGCGUCUUUGACAAAAAUGCAGUUAUUUGUAAUUAGUGUUUUUAUGAUUUUUUUCUUUUGACAAAUAGUUACUUUUAUUAUGCUUUUUAGACACACAUUGACAUGUAAUUUAGCGUAAUUAUUUAUAAAGAAGUUGGACGUGUUACGUAACCAGAUUUCUCAGCGAUUUUUCAAAUGAGUUUAAUUUUAUUUCCUUUUUAUUUUAAUAUUUUUUUUUGUUGUAAAAAUAUGUAUGCCUGUACAUAUGUAUGUAUAUUGUACUUGUAAACUGACAUUUGCUAAUUUUCACCGCUUAAUUUUGUACAGUUGUAUAAUAUAAGUUAUAUGUAAUAGUUAUUAUUGUAGCGCUUAAUUAUGUAAAAAAAUGUAUUAAGCAAAAAAAAAUAUUUUCGAAAUUCAAAAUUGCAUUUUUCACACACGAGACACGAGAAAAACUUCACCCAUAUUAAAAUAAUUUAGUUAAUAACACAUGCAUGUACCAUAUGUAUAAUUAUUUUCACCAUUCCAGACAUUUUUUUUCUCUCUACAUCCUUGCAUAUUUGAACUGUGAAAAUGCCAAUAUAGAAACUAUUGUUUGAAAUGCAGAAAGCGAGUAACAGUUGUAUUUACUUAUGAAGCUUUUUAACAGUUAUUGUCGACGCAUACAGAAGCAGUGAAGUUGUAAAGAAAGUAAACUCGAAAUUUAAUAUAAAAUUAGUUAAAAACAAAAACAUUGUUGCAGUACUUUUUUUUAUCUUGUAUGGCAAAAUAUUUGUAAAGCUUGUGGAUGCAUAAACAUUUUUUGGUGUUUAAUUUUUAUUUAGCGUGCUCUCAAGACGUUAAAAAUGAUGUUUUUGUCAUCAAAAUACUUUAUAAUAAUAAAUUUUAUAUUUUUUUUUUCUAAAUUUUUGAAAUUAAUUAAUUUUAUAUAAUUUUUUUCUAAAUUAUCUUUUUUUGUGCAAUUUUUUUUUAGCGUUCUCUGAACGAAAAUGAUCUUUUCAACAAAAUAAUUUAUAUUAAUUAAUUUUAUAUGUACUUUUUUUUCUAAAAUUAUCUUUUUUUGAAUACAUUUUUGAAUUAUCUCUUUCUUUUGUGAUACAUUGUCCGUCUUUAGCAAGAUUUUUAAUUUUAUACUACGAAAAAUUAAGCACCUAAUAUUAUAUUUAAAUUAUUUAAGAAAAGUAUAUUAAAUUUUCUUAAAUAAUUUGGCAAAUGCUAUACAUUAUAUUUUUUGCUAUUUUUAGAAAAAAAUUUUUACAUUUAUUGAAAAACAAAAAAAAAACAAAAUUUAACAUCGUUAUACACUGCAUAAUUCUUUGUUGCAGUAACCCAAGGUAACAUGUUAUAUUUUUUCAAGUGUUGAGAAGCGCAUAUACAAAUUUUUUUUUACAUGAAAAUUCUUCUUUAAUGAUAUUUGUUUACAGUAAUUUUAAAUGUUGAAAUGUUUACAGCAAAGAGAGUUAAAAUUUCAAAAUUAUUAUUUUCGAAAGUUAUUUAUUGCCGAGUCUCAUACCUCACAAUACUCAAAUUUUGGAGAAAGUAUUAUUAAAAUUGUUUUUAACCACAAUUAAAAAAUGUUGUAAAAAAUGUUUUUAACUUUUUUAACAAAUUUCAAAGUGAUUAAUUUUAAUUUUUUAUCUUUUUAAAAAACAAAAUUUUUAUGAAAAAAUAUUUUUAACUUUUUUAACAAAUUUCAAAGUGAUUAAUUUCAAUUUUUUAUCUUUUUAAAAAGCAAAAUUUUUAUGAAAAAAUAUUUUUAACUUUUUAAACUAAUUUCAAAAUGAUUAAUUUACAUUUUUUUAGCAAAAUUUUCGAAAACAUAUUUUAAACUUUUUUAACUAAUUUCAAAUUGAUUAAUUAAAUUUUUUUAUUUUUUUUUAAACCAAAAUUUUUUUAAAAUUUAUGAAAAAAUAUUUUUGGCUUUUUUAACUAAUUUCAAAUAUUUUUUUGUAUCUCGAAAACAAUAUUUUUGAAUAUUUUUAACGCUGUAGUUUCAAACAUUUUGAACAAAUAAAAAAAUAAAUUUUUUAGCUGCUUCAGGGCAUGUUAACUCCGUAUUCGAGUUAAAACAAUAUUCACUUGCACUUUUUUCUCAUACGAUUCGACUAAAUCUUCUUCUUCUUUAUUGCCGUAUACACCGCCGACUAUGUACUCUGUGUAAAAAAUUCUCAAUACAAAACAUGGCAGCUACAAAAUUUCAAAACUAAUUUUUUUUCUGAAGUUUUUGAGUUUCAUUUUUCAAAUGACUAUAACAAAUUAUUACUAAACAACAACAAUAAGCAUACAAAGCACGUACUUAAAAUAUUCAUUCUGUUAUUAGCAAGUUUUCUAAAUUUAAGAAAUGAAAUUGUUACAUAUAUGAUAUUGGUAGAAAAUGACAAAGCGUUUUACUUUGAAAAACAUAAUAUUUUUGCAGGACCUCAAAUUAAAAUUUUCAGAAAAUUAUUAUUUUUUAAUUUAAAAAAGCUAAACAAUUUUUUUUUUUUAAUUCUGUUAAAAUUCUUUUUUUUUUAUUAUACAUAUGUCAAAAAAUAUUUUUUUAUCAUAUGUCAGAUUUUUUUUAAUUUGUCAAAAAAAUUUUUUUCAAAUUUUGUGUGCCAAACUUAACUUUUUUUUAGUUUAGUCGAAAGUUUGUUUCUAUUUUUGUCAAAAAUUUUUUUAAUUUUAUUUCUAAACAAUUUUAAUAUGUAUACACAAUUUUUUUUAAUUAUAUGUAAUUAAAAUUUUUUUUUUAAUUUUAUAUCUAAAAAAUAUAAUUUGCACGAAUUGGUUUUUUAGUUUAGUAAAAAAAAAAAUCUUAAUUUUAUGUUCAAGAAAUUUUAAUAUACAGAAAAACAAUUGUUUUAGUUUGUCAGAUUUUUUUUUUAAUUUUUUUAAACAUUUUUUUAUUUUAAUUUUAUGUCAAAAAAUUUUCUUUUCGAAAGUUUUUUUUAAAUUUUUUAGCUUGAAAAACAAAAAAUAUUUUCACAAAUUAUUUUUAUGAAAAUAUUUAUUUUUUCUAACGAAAUAAGUUUUGGUUGUCACAUUAGCAGAUAUUUUUCCAGUAGAUAAUAUCCCUUCGCAUGCUUUAUUGUAAUUUUUCUUGAAUACAACACUGCAUUAGAAAACUAAAUAUAAAAAACAACUUCAGAAUGCCAGCAAAUCAAGAGAGAAAACGAAUUCUGAAGCAAAUGGUUAAGAAACCAAAUUUUUAAUUCAAAAGCACUGCUCCAACAACGCAGAACGCAUUUGUCUUUUGUAAAAUAGCGCUAAAAGAGUUACUUUCUGUAUCUAACGGUAUUAAUGCGAAAUGUACAAUGUCUUAUAUGAAUGUAUGUAGCAUAAACUCUAACUUUGCUGGUUUUAGUUCAAGACUAGUUACAAAUUAAAACACAAAAACCCUAAAAAAAAAUAAAUUUAUUUAAAUUAAAUACAAAUAAAUGAAAGUAAAAUCUGAAAAUCACAGAAAAGUGUGUAUAAAAACUCGAAAACACUAACAAAUAUGUAAAUAUUUAAAUUUCAAUACACUGCAAUGAUUUAUAGCAUAAAAAAACUAGUAAAUUACAAUUAGAUUUAUAACAGUACAUCUAGGUGACUAAUUUAACUGUAAUGCAAUUUACUUUAUCAUAACAGCAAACAAGAGAAAAUCAAGUUAUAUACAGCAAAGAUAAUUAAAAUUUUAAUAAAGCAUUAGUAACUUAAAUUCGGCAUACAGUUAGCAUAAUAACUGUAAAUUAACUGUAAAAUGCAACAUGUGUAAAUUGCAUGCAAAUUUGUCAGUAGAACAGAAUCUCCAAAAAUAGGCUAAUUAAAUAGAAUAAAAGAGAAAAGUGAAGUGAGCAUGACACAGAGAAGUCUGAACUUCCCCACAUUUUUUGCAGGAAGUAGGAAAAUAUAAAAGGAACUUUCGAAAGCCAAGCAAUGCAAGAAAAUCAAAGUAGGCGCUAAGCCUUAAACAAAAGAGCGUAAAAGAGAGAGAGAGAGAGAGAGAGAGUGAUAGAGUGAUGGAGUGCAUUUGUGCAAAGUAUUCUAUGUAAUACCGGAGGCGUGAACUAGACUAAGCCUUA